UCACGAUGCGCUGUCCAAACCUCUCGAAAACCACACUGAGCUUGCUCGGCAGCCGGCAACACAGCCGGAAAAUAUCCCCUUUUCUUAUCCAUGGAGGCAGCCGCGCUCACGAUACGCUCCACCUCCCAGCGUCCCGCCGUAGCUGCUGCUCCUGCGCAUGGCCACCGGCGGGCCGCGGCGGCCGUGCCUCGCCGGCGCCAGGCGCCGUGCGGCAGGCUUCGGGCUUUGCCGCCGGAGCUCAGCGAGAUCAUCAGCCCCAAGCUGGUGCCUGGCUCGCCGUCCGACACCGGCGACGUCUCAUCGCUCAUCCCAGUCAGUGCUCUGAUGCUGCUCUUCUACUUCGUGUCCAACUGGGUGGUGCCUGAGUUGCUUAUGAAGCGGCUCCAGCCCAAGGCCGAGGACCAAGAGGCAUCGGCGGCAGCAUCCAUGUUGUUCUCCGGGGACGCCACCGACGGCCAAUCGGACGGCGACGCCUCCCGCCCUAAGAUCCGGCUGAAGGUGACGAAGAAGAAGAAGAAGAACAAAAAAGCGCCCGUGGAGAUCUAGCACGCAUACACAUUGUACAUGCAUGGAGGCUUCCCUGAUGAAUACAAAGUAUUGACAGACAUCAGAAUUACUCUGCAGAAGAAAUGCUACGGUAGUAGUAUUUAGCGCUGUCUGAUACUUGCAUAUUGUACUUGUCUUCUGAAUAAAAGCUAGACGAUUAUUGUUUA